CAUUGGCAACUACUUUACAAGCAGCUCAGAACUCCCAAACUAAUACUUCAGGUGCGACAACAUCGUUACUGAUCACGCAUGAAUAUAUGGCAGGAAGGAAACGAACAAGACUAGAACAAGGAGAUAAUCCGCAAGAUGAUACAGAUCAAACCAUCGAGCAAAACAAUGUACCUAAUAAACAAAAUGUCAAUCAAAAUCCAAUCGAGAAUAAACCCGAGGAGAAGAAAAAGAAAAACAGG